UCCAUACAUAUUAGGAUUAAAGGGGUAAUAUUUAAAUUCAGCAUUCAAUUCAGAUAUAAGGUAGAAUUUAAGGGAAAUCAGGGUUUGUUUUGAAGUUGUUGUGAUAUUAAACUUAUGUUUAACUUAUAGGGAAUGUAGAGGAGAUGGUCAGGAUUAAAGGAUUACUUUGUCAUUUUGGGAAAUAUACUUAUUCAUUUUCUUGCUGAGAGUUAGAUGAGAAGAUUGAUACCAGUGUGGCAUCAAAAAUGCAAAAAAGGCGAAUAAGAACAAUUCCUGCAUAUUUCCCUCUAUGAUAUUAAACAAAAGGAGUCAGAAAACAUUCUCCAUGUUUCAGUUUUCUACCCAAUUACACACAGUUUAACGUCUGAAAUCAGCUAAUGAUGGUCUGAUUCAUUUGUCACACCGUAUGGUUUGUGUGCAUGACGCAGCAGUCCACUAACAUGCAGCGUGAUUAGAAGCGUGGCAUUGCCGCAGGGCGGGAUCAGCUCAGUAGCAGCGAUGCAUAAUGUGGACAGUGUGUCGUGCGUGGCUCAACAUAGCCUAAAGAUACAGUUCACUGUACUAAUCCUGAGUAAAGGUCAUUUCUGCAGUCAUGUAGCAGUGUACUGUGCUCUGUUUGUCUUCCUGCAUACUUAUUUUUAAGGGCUUGUUUUGCAUAUGAUUAUUGCUUUGUCAUUUGAAAAUAUGAUAUAACAAACUGUAUGACAUCUCCAGCUUUGCCUGGGCUGUCUCAUCCUCAGAUAUUUACCUCUGUUUCAUUUUUGACCCAGCUCUUAUGACUCGUCCUGCUCGCUCUCACCUUCAGACAUCAGCAGCCCGGCAGGAGCCAUGUUCUGGGGAGUCAAAGCUCAGCUGAGCACAGGAUGAUUUUGCUUGAGGUGUGGAGAGAGCUGGGGGGGGGGGGGGGCUUCUGCAGUGUGACCGCAGGGCUCCAGCUAAGCCUUGUCUCCGGCCUCUGAAGAUUUCUUCACAUCGCCUUGAGCUGUAAAGCUUCUGUUGUGGAUGGAGGGCCUGUGCUCCAAUUCCAGGUGCUUAGUUCCCAACCUACAGUUUUGAAGUAUUUUAGCUCCUUCGGGGGAAUUUUUGAGCUUGAGGACAAAAUCAAUAGGCACUUUUAUUUUCAGUAAGCAAAGGCUCUCUUUAUUGAGUAUGUCAAAAGCAUAUAACUAACCAUACAACCAACGAAAGGCAUAAAUAAUAGUCUCAUUCAGCGGUUGUGCUCAUAAACCACAAACAAGUGCACAGUGGCCUCACUGGAAAAAGGAAACAAAAGAGGCUUAAGUGGUAUUAAAGACAUCUGUAUGCAAUAGAGUAAUGAUUGCCUGUGCGCAGCAAUAGAAUUUUAAUUUGUUGGAGUAUCUAAAUUCAUGGCCCGUGGCUCUCCACCUCGUGAAACAAGACAUCAAAUACAUCCCUGCAGCUGGGGAGCUCGCAGCUGAAGGUGUUGACAGCCGUCUGACUUUUUUUGGUCCAUUUCCUGCAUGUAUUAUCUGCUCCCUCUGUGUAUGAGUGAAGUGCAGUUGGUCAUUUCAUGUCACCACAGCGAACCUGCCCUUUAGCCAUCUGACCUGACUUUGAAAGGACUCCUUGUGGUCUGAGUCGAAUAUUUGGUCGUGCAUUUAGCUGCAGUUAAGUUUACGCUACUGUUUAAAAUGUACCAAUGUUGAAAGUACAAUUAUUUACAUCUUUAUUUUGGGGUGUCUAUUGGAUGUGAUAUAUCUGGACAUUCACUGUAAUGAUCUUCUGAUUACAUAUCUAGAACAUCUAGCAUGCAAAUGGAUCACAUGACCUCAAAAUGAUUUUUUUUUAAAAAAGAAAACUUCAACAAUGACUUACAUAAUAUGUUAGAUAGGUUAGACAUAAAUCCAAAUCCCUAAUUUUAUAAUUAGGAUUAAUUGAUCUAUGUAUGAAACCAUAAUUUCCAAUGGAGAUGAAUAAAUAAACUAUGCACUAACCCUAUAAUAUAUUCCACCCAUAAAAACUGACAUACACAGCUCUAUACCGUUGAGAUUUAAAAAAUAAAUAUGCAACAAUUUGGCAUUUUGAGGUUAUGUAUAAAUAUACACAUGGAUUGAUAUAUUCAGGAAUACAGUAACAAAUAUAUUUUUUCUCCAUGUAAAUAUUCAGUGUUCUUUACUGAAUUUGCAUUUUAAAUAUUUAUUGCCAUUUAGAAAAAAAAAAAAAACUUAAUGCACCUGCUUAACCUUCCUCCUCUUAUCAAGGCAGUCAAACCCAAACAGAGCACUUCCUGUUACACAUUUUAAAAUAAAACUCUUCAUCGACAAAGAUGUUGCAAAUAAUCAUGUCUCCUGUUAAUAUUAUGGUUACCCUGGUGAAAUAUUCAGAUCAUUCACUUAAGUAAAAGUAGCAAUAUAAAAAAUACUACAUUACAAGUGUUAUUGUUAGUGUUAUAGGCCUAUUAUUAUAUUAAUAGAUCAUUAUUGUUGCACUGUACUUUAAUGUAAGGUGCAGUUAAUUUUAACCGCUUUGUGUCCUGUUGGGUAGUUUACUCCGUCACAAUGUAUCACCUACUAUAACCUGAUCUUAUGAUUUAUGUGUAAAAUCUUAAUCCGGAAAGAAACAGAUAAAUGUGGUGGAGGAAAAAAUGCUAAAUGUCCUUAAUGUAAUGGAGUAGAAGUAUGAAGUAGCACCAAAUGGAAUAUUCAAGUAGCCUAAACAAGUAGGCAUCAUCAAAAUACAGUACUGAGUAAAUGUAUUUAGUUACAUGGUGACAUCUGACUGCAAAUGAUAUGCAGACAUGAUGAAUGUGAUCCAGACAGCAGCCUUAGAUUUUAGGGUUAUUAAAGCUGUGGUUCUGAUCUCCGUGGCCAAACCUCUCUCAUCCAUUUGAAACAGGCCUAAAGUGUCAUGAAACGAAAAUACGCACUUAAUUUAUGUCUUUCUUUUCAAAUAUUUUCUACAUUGCAAAGCGCAACCAGUCUGUAACAUACUGCUUUAAUUUGUAGGCCAGAUCUUCUAUCUUCCGGUCCUCUCUUUGUUAACUUUGACAGCUGGACGCAGCUGGUCGCAGCUGUCCGUGCGCUCUCAUCCAUCCAGCCAAGACGCGCAGCCGCUCCCCGGUCACAGCCGCUGGGGAUGCGCACUUAAUUAACUUUAUCCUUUAGUCUUUUCUCCUCCAGAAAGUCGCUCUGUCCUCUGUCACGAUUCCCCUUCGGAGCGGCUCCAAGGAUUUUCUGUCGUCCAUUGGUCCCCGAACCGCACGGAGGAAGUGGUCGGUGGUCUUUGUGGUGACCGCUGUCGUGAUGGUUUUGCUGGCCCUGGCCGUCGCUGUUCCCUUACUGCUGCUGCGCACCUCAGGAGCCUCGGCUCAUUACUACGAGAUGAUGGGCACCUGUCGGAUGGUUUGCGACCCGUACAGUCCCAAACCGGGAGGCGCCACCGCCAUGAAGGUGAUCCAGAACGUGAACGGUGUCGAACCGCAGCCCCCGAUGGCGCAAGGGAGCCGCGGGGAGCCGGGGCGACCGGGUAAACCGGGACCUAGGGGCCCGCCGGGAGAACCAGGACCCCCGGGUCCGAGGGGGCCACCGGGAGAGCGCGGCGGCGACAGCAAACUCGGCUUCCCUGCAUUAACCGGAGCUGCGGGGGCUGACAACGGAGAAGCAGAAGGUGUGAACUCCUCCAACAGUUUCAGGAUCGCUUUUUACGUCGGUCUGAAGAAUCCACACGAGGGAUAUGAGGUGUUAAAGUUUGACGACGUGAUUACAAACUUGGGAAACCACUACGAUUCGAGCACCGGGAAGUUCACCUGCCAUGUGUCCGGGAUCUAUUUCUUUACCUACCAUGUGCUGAUGCGGGGAGGAGACGGGACCAGCAUGUGGGCCGACCUGUGCAAAAACGGACAGGUUCGGGCCAGUGCCAUAGCUCAGGAUGCAGACCAGAACUACGACUACGCCAGCAACAGUGCCGUGAUGCACUUGGACUCUGGAGACGAGGUCUAUGUGAAACUGGAUGGCGGCAAAGCUCAUGGAGGCAACAACAACAAGUACAGCACCUUCUCCGGCUUUAUCUUAUACCCUGACUAAACACCACAGCAGGGCCAAGGACAGUAAUCAUCACUGAAAACUGUUUUCAUCAAAGUAUACGGUCAAAUAUGUUUCUCUCCUUUUGAAGACAAUGCACAAACUGCUUAUCUGUUACUGUAUGUUCAGAAAGCUGAUGUUCCAGGUUUAUUUAGAGCAUUUACAACCCACACACCUAACACCCCAUAAAUUAUCUGAGCUGCGAAAGCAUAAUGUCAUUCUCAUGAAGCACUUGAUGCGGUGUGUGACAGCAAAACUAAUCUAAUGACAUUAAGGUGUAAAAUAGGCUUUGGGGAACAAUGAUUGACAUUUAUCACCAUUAUCUGACAUUUUAUGGCCCAAACAAGUAAUUGGAAAAAAUAAUUGUUAGCUACAGCCCUAAUUUCAAUAGAACUGGAUUCACUCACAGUGGUGAAGUAAACUUGAGUAAAAUUUUUCAGGCGAGUUCAACUUUGACACACAAAUUUGUGCCAUUGAGCGUGAGCAAGCUGACCUAUAAGAGAACAGCAAGCCUAAAUUGGAAGACGCUAUUGUAGCUCAUUAGCCGUGUCGCACCACCACCUUUUAUUCAACCACCUCUGUCGUAUAAACUGCUCCACAAAAGAGGAAUAGUUUACAGACAGUUAUGAAACAGGCAUCAAUGGUACAAAUAGUCUUUUGAAUACACUGAGUGAGCUUAUUGUCCCGUUAGCGACUGAGCUAAUGAGCUUGCUAACUGAUGGUUGGCAAGCAGCUAGCUUGGAGAGCAUUUUCCCCUCUUCAGUAAUUCUUUAUUGAAUGAAAUGCAUAAAACAAAAAGCAAGGGGGAGUAAACAUCCCUGUUUUCCCAGACGUAAUUACGACUUUAAAGUUGAUGUGAACGCUAUUUACAAGUUGGAAACUCGUAAUUACUGCAACUCCGAAAUGAAAUGAACGCGGCAGUAGUCUGGAUGUCACCAGGCUUCUAGAGCUAUUUCGGUAAGACGCAUGGAUGAAUUUUGCUUUGCCGAUUUCUGGUGUGACCAGGCCUUUACUGUAAUAACUAGAAUAAUGACACUUCUUAGACAAAUGGUAUUUCUUGUUUUAAAAGCCCACUCUGCAGUUUUCUUUUUUUUUUUCCUAAAGAAAGCACAUCAUCAGUAUUCAUGGCAAAAAGCAUACAGUACAUCCUUCUCCCCAUGAGUCACCUGUCAUGCACCUUAACUGAGUGAGGUGGACCUGUUUUAGGAGACAGGAUCAAUAGAAAUGGUCUGACGAGGUCAAUGAAGGAAGGUAAUAGUGCCAAAGCUGACAGACUUCACGUUCUGAAUGCAAAAAACUAGUACAGGCCAUGUUGUGCUUUAAGUAGUGUUCAAUGUUUCAGACAAUAACCAAUAAACACACAUGAAAGAUACAAAUGGAUGUCUUACAUCGAUACUGAAUCUGUUAUAUUUUGUUCUGCCAAUAAAUAUUGUUUGACAAAAAGUUUGCUUUGUGUGGGAAUCUCUGACCAAGUGAGUGAAAGCGAUGACACCAGUUUGUAAAAGUCAACGGAACAAUUGCCAUUUCUGCACUUUCAUACCUUUUGGUGUUUCCUGUUUAAACUAAUAUCAUAAUAUCAGAGCUACAUGUUUGUGUGAGCAAUCUGUCCGUACAUAUUUUGUUCCACGCUUGCCUGAAAACUGUUAGAUCCAGGGCUUCCUGUCUGAAUGUGUUGCAUUAGCCUACAGACUGAGGUGUCCUGCGCCACAGCUCACAGGUUCCAGGUGCCUCCCUGAAUGUCCUUCGCUCCGCCGUAGCUUGCAGCUAGUUUUAGUCAGGACACCAUUCUGCUCUCCAGCGUUUUGUCGUACUGCAAACCACUGUAGCUGCUUUUAUUUAACAAGGUGACAUUGAGGUCUGUAUCGGUAACCUCACGUGUUGUUUAAUCUAGUGUUGAAUGCUGAAAAUCUUCCACUUGUUUCAAAUGCCAGUCGGCUUGUUUGAAACUAGAGCUGAAACAAUUAG